AUGAAGACCGACGAANAAAAUGGUGUGUCCAUAUUGCACGAUAAUGCGCGGCCGCAUAUCGGAGCACCAGUCGUCGCUCUUUUGGAGAAAUAUGGAUGGGAACGCCUCAAACACCCACCGUAUUCGCCGGAUUUAAGUCCCCCGGACUUUGAUUUAUUUCCAAAACUGAAGGAACCACUUAGAGGGAUCCGUUUUCCCAACUUAGAUAUACUAAAUAAAAAAGUGAGCCGAAGGAUCCGUGAACUCAACAAAGAUGGCGUCCUAUGCGACAUUCAAGCGCUCCCGAAACGAUGGCAAUCGUGUAUAGACAAGCAGGGAGAUUAUAUCGAAGGUCUAUAA